UGCAUGUGUUACUUUUUUGGGUGCUUGUAUGAGUGAAAGUAUGCUUUUUGCUUUCUGGUUUUGCUUUUUCUCUAGUAUUCUUCUUCUGGGGUCUCUCAUGAACAUCUUGUUAACCAUCGGCUAUGUGAUUUUUUUUUUACCUUCCUUUUGGUUUUUUUGGAGAUACCCAGUUUGAGAUUAAGGCUUAUCUUUUGGAUAAAAGUUGUAGAAAAUUUUUAAAAAACACUGGUGUGGAAAAAAGAUUGUAUAUUUUCAUUAAAUAGAGAAUACAAAAUGAAGAGCAGAAGGGAUGGCACUUGGUUUGUGAUUGGUCUGUUUUGUUGCUGAGAAAUCUUAGGAAAAUGUAAACUAAAAUAUGGACCGGACUAGACAUAAUAUGAGGCUUCGUUGCUCUGGUUCAACGCCAUCAGAGGAAUCAGCUCUGGAUCUUGAAAGAAACGGUUGCAGUCAUUCUAAUAUGCCUUCAUUAAGUCCACCAACACUCCAACCCUUUGCAUCAGCUGGACAGCACUGUGAGAGCAGUGCUGCUUACUUCUCAUGGCCUACUUCAAGCCGAUUAAAUGAUUUUGCUGAAGAGAGGGCAAACUAUUUUGCUAAUCUGCAGAAAGGGGUGCUACCUGAAACUCUUGGCCGGUUGCCCAAAGGGCAGCAGGCGACAACAUUGCUUGAACUCAUGACUAUAAGGGCAUUUCAUAGCAAGAUCUUGCGUUGUUACAGUCUUGGCACAGCAAUUGGAUUUCGUAUUCGACGGGGUGUGUUAACCGACAUACCAGCUAUUCUUGUUUUUGUUUCCAGAAAAGUUCACAAGCAAUGGCUCAGCCCCAUCCAGUGUCUCCCUACUGCCCUAGAGGGACCUGGUGGCGUAUGGUGUGAUGUGGAUGUUGUAGAAUUCUCCUAUUUUGGUGCACCUGAGCCUGCUCCAAAAGAGCAAUUGUACACUGAGAUUGUAGAUGACUUGCGUGGUGGUGAUCCAUGUAUUGGUUCAGGUUCCCAGGUGGCUAGCCAGGAAACAUAUGGAACCUUGGGUGCUAUUGUGAGGAGCCAAACAGGCAAUCGACAAGUUGGUUUCCUUACAAAUCGUCAUGUUGCAGUUGACUUGGAUUACCCAAAUCAGAAGAUGUUUCAUCCUCUGCCUCCAACACUUGGACCUGGGGUAUAUCUUGGUGCAGUGGAGAGAGCUACAUCAUUCAUCACUGAUGAGCUUUGGUAUGGUAUCUUUGCUGGAAUAAACCCAGAGACAUUUGUAAGAGCAGAUGGCUCAUUCAUUCCUUUUGCUGAUGAUUUUGAUAUGUCCACCGUUACUACAUCAGUGAAAGGUGUAGGAGAAAUUGGUGACGUCAAAAUUAUAGACUUGCAGUCUCCAAUCAGUAGCCUUAUUGGGCAGCAGGUGAUGAAGGUUGGAAGAAGUUCUGGCUUGACGGCAGGAACUGUAUUGGCCUAUGCUCUCGAGUACAAUGAUGAGAAAGGUAUAUGCUUCUUAACCGACUUUCUUGUUGUGGGUGAGAACCAACAGACAUUUGACCUUGAAGGAGAUAGUGGAAGUCUCAUCAUGUUCAAGAGUGAGAAGCCACGGCCAAUUGGAAUCAUAUGGGGUGGAACUGCUAACCGGGGCCGACUUAAACUAAAAGUAGGCCAACCUCCUGAAAAUUGGACAAGUGGGGUCGAUCUUGGGCGCCUUCUCAAUCUCCUUGAACUUGAUCUAAUCAUAUCUGAUGAAGGACUUAAAGUGGCAGUGCAAGAACAAAGAGCUAUGUCAGCGACAGCAAUCGGGUCUACUGUUGGAGACUCCUCAACUCUGGAUGGAAUGCUGCCAAAGGACAAAUCUGAGGACAAAUUCGAACCACUGGGUCUUCAAAUUCAGCACCUCCCUCUAGAAGUCGAAUGCGGCAGCCCAACAAUGAACCCAUCACUUUUGGAAACAGAGUUUCAUCUGGAAGAUGGGAUCAAGGUGGCUCCUAGUGUUGAACAUCAAUUCAUUCCAAGCUUCACCAGACAGUCCCCACUACAUCAAAAUAUUAUACAGGUUAAGGCCAUCUCGGAGAAUCUCUCUUCAUUGAGGAAUGGCUGUGACGAAGAUAUUUGUGUUUCAUUACAUUUGGGUGACAAUGAAGCCAAGAGAAGGCGUUCAGAUGCUUCAACUAGUUCAGAAGAACCUAAGUGAAUCAAAUUUUGCACGCGGAUUGUAUAAUGUUGAAACUUUCUAACCGUUGAUCAUACUUAUGCUUUUAUAAGUAAAAAUUUCAGCUCAAACAACAGAAAUCUGGAAGUGAGCUUCCAAAUUAACCGUUGUAAUGAUGUUCUUGAAAGAUUUGUGAUUCCAGAUUCCCUUUGUUGAGCUCUUAAAUUAGAAGAUUGGCCA